AGCUGGUAUUCCACUGCCUUGUGUUUCGGGUCUACGAUAGAAGCACCUUCAGUCGAACCAGUACCGAGUCUAGCAAUGUCACACGCAGCUAAGUCCGUCGAAGACACGGGGAAGACGACGAAGCGUAAAGGCACCAGGAGCGUGUCUACUCUUACUCCGGCACAGCUCGCUCGGAAGCGCGCCAACGAUCGUGAGGCUCAGAGGGCGAUCCGAGCGCGGACGAAAGAGCACAUCGAGAGCCUGGAGAGGGAAAUCGAAAAACUCCGCGGCCAGCAGAACCGGGACCACACCAUCCAGACCUUGAUCCAGCGUAACAAAGCUCUCGAAGACGAACUUCGCCGCACAAGGGAGGGUAUGGGGUUCCGCAACGCCGACACGAGCGACGCCUACCAACCUCUAUAUCACGGCUCAAGCCCUCCGCGUCCGGCCCCCUUCAGCCAAUCCGCCUCCAAUUAUCCGGUGAUGCAGACGGGCCUGAAUUCCUACGGCAGCAUACCGGAUGGCACGGAGGCCUGGUCAUCGGCGGUGCCGUGUUCUAUCCCGUCGACGGCCUCAAGUCCCGCUUCCUCGGGUGCUACGGAUGACUUCGGAAACAACUACAUCGCCACCAGUGGGUCGUCCGCCGUUUUUGAAAAGUCCAGAAUCCCACCGAUGACGCAUUCUCCAACGAUGUCGUGUGUCAGCGGCGAGGCAGGAUUCGACGACGUGAAGUCAGAUUUUGGAUGUCCGCCCAUCGACAUUCUCCCUAUAAACCCAACCGGCUACCAUUACCAGCCUUGGAACAUGUACAACCUAUCCUACCACCCGCCCUCGACGGCGCUAGAGCACGGCCAGAUAUCUCAGAUGGAGAGGUGUCAAUUUUAA